AUGUCCAUGAAUCUUACUAAUUCCACGACCAUUUCAAACGAUCAGCAGAGAGGAAAUGGCAACUACUUCGAACCUGUUUAUGAUGGUUUGCUGAUAGUACUUUGUGUAGCUGUCAUCAUAAUAAACCUGUUCGUUUUGCUGUUGUAUUCCAAAAGAAGACAGUUACAUACUAAAACAAACACAUUACUGGUCAGCUUGUCCAUAUCAGACCUCAUCAUGGGUCUUUGUGGAAUACCGCUUUAUAUCGCAUGCAAUGCGGUCCGUGAGGGUAACGUUUGUAUCGCUCAGUUAGUCAUGUUUCGUUUUAGCGCGGUCUCGACAAUGUUUCAUAUUCUUGCCAUUACCGGAGAGCGAUAUUUUAGUGUCAUACACCCGUUACAGUACAUAAAUAUUGUAACAGGUCAAAUAAUCUUACGAAUCAUUGCUGGGAUCUGGCUGAUAUCGUUUUUCUUCGCUGUUGUUCAGCUCUCUUGGAUUUUACCAUUUGGCUUUUUCUCAAGGCAUCCCACAAAAAUGACAGCAUCCUUGAUCUUCGAUUGCGUCGGGUUUGCAGUGUUCUUUGCUAUCCCUUUCCUCCUUAUGGUUGUUGUUUACGUCCAAAUGUUCAUCACAAUUCACCGACAAGUUCAACAGAUCAAAAGACAACAACGAGUCAGUCUUGAUUUUUCUUCCUCUACCAACACCUUUUAUGCAUCUCACACACAGCUUCGCGCAUUGUUCAUAUUUUCUAUUAUGCUUGUACUGUUCGCGGGCUCGUGGCUUACGUGGUAUAUCAGUCUUUUUCAGCUAUACAUCGACUUUUCUUUUAUGAGCGAAAUAUCUAUGAUGAUCUUCGACUUUCUUCGUCUUGGAGUGUCGUUUAUUAAUCCACUAUUGUAUACAUUUUUGAAAAAUGAUUUCAGCGAAGCGCUCAAAUCAUUUCUAAAAAACAGAAGAAAAAAUCUCGACAUCACUAUCAGUCAAACCACAGGAACAACUCAUGGGCAUUGGAAACAACCACCGAGUCGGAGCAGUUUAUAA